GUUUCAGUUACAACCCUGAAAACGUCCCCCUGACGAAAAGUGACCUUCAAUAAUGAAUUUAAGGGCCAAAUGAAAUAUAUUAUACGAAGCUAUGUAUGGAGUAUAUCAGCUGGCCCCUGAGCUGGGUGUACUAUAAAUAGCUCGCUGGGCUCGCGACUAGCUGAGCUUAGCUGCGGUUUGUAUACAGUUUAAGUAGACAAUGCAGGACUUCCACAGUGACGUCCACAAGAGUCACCUCGCUGAGGGACUGUCUCAUCUCUGGCAGAGUGGCCGAUUCUGCGACACUGUUAUCUCCGUAGAAGGGAAGACGUUCCCGUGCCACCGUGUCAUCCUGUCUGCUGUGUCCCCCUACUUCAAUGCUAUGUACACUUCCGGGAUGCGGGAGUCUCUAGAUGGGCUUGUUACCAUCCACAACAUCCAGGCCAGUGUGUUCCAGUCCAUCCUGAACUUCAUCUACUGCGGCAACAUCGUCAUCACCGCAGAGAACACCAUGGACAUGCUCCAUGCUGCCAGUCUCUUUCAAAUCAGUACUCUCCAGCAGGUGUGUGAGAAAAACUUCUGCGAGAACCUGUCUCCCCAGACCUGCAUUGCCAUCUGGAGGAUCAGCCAGGCUUACAGCUGUACAAGACUUACAGAGCAUGCUUGGAACUAUAUCAUUGACAACUUCAAGUCUGUAUGCCGCAGUGAGGACUUCCUGGAGCUGACGAAAGAAGAACUGUUCCAGAUCAUUAAUGAAGACAAUCUGAAUGUGGAAAAUGAGGAGACAGUUUGUGAUGCAGUUCUGCCCUGGCUUGAACAUGACCGCAAGCGUCUGGCAGACAUCAAUGAGAUCUUUCACAACCUGAGACUGCCUCUGAUGAAUAGCAACUACAUCAGUACAUUGCUGGAGACUAAACCUUGCAUCCGAGAUAAUCCUGACUGCUGCGAUCACCUCUUACAGAUGCAGCGGGGUGGUCACAGACAGGAACUCACCCCAGCACAGUAUCAGAUGUUCAGAGAGCGCAACGAACAGGUGCUUGUGAUGGUGGAUGGUCGCAGACAGGAAGUAGCCUGUUUCAGUCUCCAGAGAAAGAAAUCCUUUGCUCUAGCCAAAUUUCCAUACUUUGCUGAUGGAAAAGCAUCCUGUGUUUUGAAAGGAGAUAUCUAUGUCUGUGGGGGAACAUCAGGUGUUGCUGAGAACCGCCUUGUGAAGUAUGAAACCAAGAGAAACCGAUGGGUUGAAUGUGCACCUCUGCAGCAAGGCCGAUGCUACCAUGAGCUUGUGUCCGUCGGCGACAACUUGUAUGCAGUUGGAGGUUUUGUUGUAAAUGCUGCCGUGUCGGGAGUAGAAGAGUACAAUAUUCAUGCCAACAGAUGGACCAAGGUUGGCGACCUCCUUCUCCCAGUGGGUGGGCUCUCUGCUUCAAGCCUGAAAGACACAAUUUACAUGUUUGGAGGCAAGAAGGACAGACUGGACAGGAAGACAGCAGUGUUCCAGAGUUUUGACACCAGAACACGAACCAGCGCCGUCUUGGGCAACCUUCCUGUCAACACAUGCUGGAGUCAGGCGUUGACUAUCGAUGACGCCAUAUAUGUCGUCAGUCCAGACGGAAACGUCAUCAAGUACACCCAAAAAUCCUACCCAGCCAUUGUCAGUGUCAUCAAGAACCUAGACUGCGAGUAUUUCCGCAUCGUCAACCACAACAGAAAGAUUCUCAUCCUUCAAGUCGGCGACACAAAGUAUUAUGAUGAGCUGAGGAUUUUUGAUCCGACAUCCAGUGAUGUCAUUGUUGCCAGAGAGAGGCUCCCGAGAUCUCUGUGUGACUCUGAUUGGCUGAAAGUGGUCAUCAACCGUCAUCAUUUGAAGUACGAGUGCAGCUCUCACCAUGGAUACCGCUAGUCAUCUGGACCAUCUUGGUCUUAAAUGGAAAAAAAUUCAAUUGUGUCCUCUAAUUAUACGGUCAUUUGCGUGCUCUUUUAUAAUACUUUAUAUUUACACAUUAGGUCUACUUUAUUUAGUUACAAGAUUCUAGUUCUGAGUAAACAAUUUGGUUUACAUUUUUAGUUUAAUCUUGACUAAUGAUUUUAUUUUUUAGGAAAGAUUGGUCCCAUUUUUUAUCUAAGUCCACCUACGUUGCAUACCUCAGAGACAAUGAGCCUCGUUUGACGCAGCAUUAUCUAAGAUCAAAGUCAUUCCAAAUGCCAAUGUACCUAAAUUAAACAAUCAUGACAUCACAUUGUUUUGUAAACUCACUGGCCUAAAUCAAGUAAUAUUCAUUUCCCAUUAAACUAUCAAGGAAAACAAUACUCAGCAUAGUCCACUGCCAGUUUGGUUAAUUUAUCUUAUCCCAUUACUCAUUCACUGGCUUGAAUGCUGUUUAGACUAUCUGCUUCAAUUUCCCCAUUACUUCAGGUGUGUGUGUGUGUGUGUGUGUGAACUAAAUAUGAUAUUUUAUAAGGCCAUAACGUUUUUUGUUUGAUUUCAAUUAUUAUUUGAGGGAAUACAAAUAUAACCUCCCAAUAUAUUCCAGUGGAUGUACUAAUUAUCAUAUUUUAUGAGGAAUUAACUUUGCUUUUUUUAAGAUUUCAAUUAUGAUUUCUGGGGAAGACAAACACAUAUACCUCCAAUAUAUUUUUCCAUUUUGUAACUGAAAGUGUAAUGAUUUGAAAUAAAGAUAAUUGAAAUUGGUUCAAAUUUAUCAACCACAGGUGUGAACAUAUCCCCUGUUAAACUUAUCAUGGGAGUUGGCUGCUCUGAUAAUUUCUGAAUUAAGUAGGAUAAUUUAGCUGUCCUUGUCAUAAUCCUAAUGUUAAAAAUUAAAGAUUUAAGGGGUUCAUAGAUUCAAAUACUUUAGCAGUAAAUCUUAAAGAGCCUAGGACCCUCCUUAAUUUCAAACACUGUGGAAAUGUUAAAAAUGACCCAGUUUUCUCACUCACAUAUAUUUUUAUGUAUUUUUCAAUCAAGGUCAUCCUAAAAAGUAUUGUUCAUAUCGGCUGUUAGUCUGAAUUAUUAACAGUUGGUUUGAUGACUGGGAUCCUGGGUUCUAAUCAUACUAAUAAGGUACGUUUGAAUAUAUAUCAAUGAUCGUGAUGUCCUCUACUGUAACCUAUUAGGGAUACCCAAGGGCUCCUUUUCAUGAAAUACAGUCUGCUACUUAACAAAGAGGGACAGUAUUUCAGAAGGGCAAAAUAUCAUCAAGACUACAUGCAUAUGCACCAGUGGUAAUUCAAUGAAUCUUGAUCGAGUGAUCUUCCUUGCCAUUUAACAUGGUUCAACCAAUGCAAGCUCUUCUUACAUUGCAAAUUUUGUGUAUUUGAUAUCAUUCGUCACCACGCGCCCUUUCUGUAACCUGCAAGAAGACCAUUCCGCUUGUCCCGGAAACACACGAGUUGGUCAUGAAUGUAUUUGAUGUGCUCAGUGUGACCAACAGUGUUGCAGCUUGUUGGAAGUUAUGUAUGGUGUUGGGUUUUCUGAUUUCAUGGUAUUUCAGCUUGUCAGCUCAAAGGUUAAUUUGAGCUUUUGUCACAGCAUGCUGUCUGUUAGACACCAGGGCCGGGAUUCAUAGAAAAACUAAUAUUUUUCUUAAGUCAAACUUAAAUUUUUGAAAUUUGACCUAGCUAAGACUGAAACUUUAGUUUCUUUAAUGAAUUCCCAAAGCGAUCUUAUGACUAAGUCUAUUUUAAAAUAUCAAUUUGGGACAGCCAUUGUGCUGGGAUCACGGUGUAGAGCAGGAUCCUGGGACUGUUUCCCAGUUGUAGUGUGCGAUGGUCGAGACUUGUAACCUUGAACUUAGAUUUACAAUACCGCAAAGAUUGCUUCCUGAAACAGAACCCUUGUCCACAUUCUACUGAUUCUGCUGAUGGUUAUUACUUCUAUUCUUUAUCAUAGUGGUGUCAUCAGAUUUUCAUGCAGAGAAGUAUAGUAUCGGAGUAAAAGAUCUGAGUUUAAUGAGAUUGUAUGGUUUCAAAAAUUAUUAUCAAGUCAAAUCUCAGAUUCAAGCAAUGACAAUAUAACCAUUGCAGUGCACAGAGAAAUUAUCCACUUUUUACCUAAAUAUUAUUGAUACUAAAUGGAAAAGGUAUUGUUGCAUUAUUGAGCCCAUCUGGUGUUGUUUAGUUUAUAGAAGCUACAUGAGGUUUGUUCCCAAAAACCAUAAAUGUAUGUGUUUUGAUUUCAGUGGUUGUUUGUCAUUCUCAUAUAUCCUCAAGCUGAUGGUGAGCUACAGAGCUUUGAGGCUAAUAUUUGUAAUGGAAAGGUGUAUAUAUGAACAUUUGAUUUUUAUUUCAACAUAAAUAUUUUGUUAAUUAUUCCAGCAGAGGCAUACUAAAUAGAUUGUGAUUUCAGGUGCAUUUGCUUUACCUGUGAAGAAAUGGAUCUAGCCUUGUUCGGCCAUAUUGGCCAGGCAAUACCAUUAUGUGUUACCUGAAGCUUAAACAAUCCAGCACAUUAGAAAGAACAAAUGAUCUUGAACACUGGUAUUUAAACUGUAAUUACUUUCAUGCUGUCAGAAAUUUAGAAAGCAUUUAUUUGCAUUUAUGUUUUGGUAGCCAUUCAUUUUGAAUGGGAGCACCAAACUGAGAGCAUUAACUCAAGGACAGUACUGUCCAGCAAUACAGUCAACUCUCUGUCAUUUGGUAUGAAAGAUCACGAAUAGGCCAAUAUAUCAAGAUAUUUUCUUAAAAUACUGGUACGUUCUGUUCACUGUAGGGACCUAUCUGUUUGUCUUUGAUGUGCGAAAACGAGAAUUUGAAUGGUUCAGCUUACCAAUUCAUCUAUCAGUUUAUCAACAAUAUCAACCAGGGGAUGCUGACAGUUUACCAUCCAACUCCUUGAGUCCCCCCUCUUUUAUGUACAGUACUCAAAAGAAUUAAGGACCUACCAAUUCAUUCUUGAUACUGUGGUUAAUCUGUCACGCCAUUAGUCAUACUAUAGAUUAACUAUUGUAAUAUGAAAGAAUUGUGACUUGGGCUAGUUUCCAAAUGAAAUCGGCAAACUGUUCUAGCAUUACUUUAAAGGUCCACGAGCCCAAACUUGACCUUUGGCCUCAUUUAUAGUGUACAGCCCACUGCUUGUUUCUUGACCAAGCAUAGGCACAGAUAUUUAGGAAAGGAGGGGUUCAUUUUGUGACUAAGUUUAACAUACAGUUAUCAAUUAUUGUUGUCAGAUUUUGAGGUAUAAACGUAAAACAAGUGAGAAAACUGCAUAAAUCUGCGUAACACUGAAAAGACUGUAGACAACAAUUAGACAUAGGUGGCGUCGUUCAGCACACGAUUGCAACACAAAUCUGAAGGUUUCUGUUAUCGGGCAUUUAGGAAACAGUAGCUGCAGAGUGGGCCUAAUUUUUCUUCGGUCAAAAAAUUGCAUGGUUAGUCAAUCAAAUGCUAUUAAAUAAUGGAUUUAUUUAUUUUGUGUCUGAAUACAAAAAAUCGUUUAAUUAUUUUCAUUUGGCAGCCAGAUGAUUUUGUUGAAAACAUCACAAAAUGAGUGUUGUAAUAUUCUUAGCUAUAAACUCAAUCAGUUAUAUCAAACUUGUAUAAAUGUAUAAAUGUUAGGUAUGAUUGAAGGUGAUGUGUGCACCCCUGCAAAUAGAGGAGUACCCGGGUACCAUUCAUUAACAUCCAUAGACGAGUUGCCUAGCAACCACCAGAGUACUUGCUGUAUACACGUAGAUAUGAAUGUUGGGUAAUUAUAAUUCAUUAGCUGUAGUUGACAACCAAUGUAAACACUUUUUGCUUACUUAUUUAUGAAUUUAGACCUAUCAAUAGCUCGUUUUAGUUAGGUUUGAGUAAAAUAAAUGUCAUGGUUCCAUUAAACUAACUGAUAUUUUUUAACAACACUUUCAAUGAAUCUUCAAAUUACAGAUAUGAUUGUAAGAUUGCAUUUCAUCUGGAUUUUCUAUGAAAACUGUUUAUGCGAACAUAAUCAUGAUGCCAGUCUAUUGUCAUCAUUAUUUUCAUUUUGUGCACAAUGCUGUUUCACAGGUCAACCAAUCUGAUAUAAAAAUUCCACUUUGUUUACAGAUUUAUUAACAAAUAUAUUAAUUAACAAAAUUACCCACAGGGCUAGGUAUAACCCCGUACAAUUCAUUUAUACACUGAUCAAACAUUGGACAAAAAUGCUCAUAUUUUUUUUUUCAUAUCUCCUACCAGCAGCUUCCAAGCUAAAUAGAUCUCUGAUCAAUUAAUAAAUAAAGGAUGGCCUUUGAAAAAUCCCAAGUAAUAUGAACCAUGACAUUUAUUUUUUUAAAUCAAUUUAGACACAUAUAGCCUUUUAUGAGUUGAAUGUUUUCAGGGGAGUACUAUGUGAUGCAGACAACACGUUGUCCGUUGUUUUUUUUAAAUUAUAUAUGAAGUUUCCAGUGUUUCCUUGUUAUAUGUUUGUGAACUAUAUGAUGCUGUUGACAGCUACUUUGCAAUUGUUAUGAAUGAAGCCUGUGACGAUGGUUAUGAAGUUCUCUGUUAAGAUUAACUCUGUUACAUUAUCAUGGGACAUGUGAUGUAUUUGCAAAGCAUGCUACUUCCGACUUACCUUGAAUGGAUGUGAAUACAUUGUUCAUAAAUAAACCAUUAGCCACUAA